GCCUAGGUCGCCCAGAACUACCGAAGCUAUCUAUUCUGUUGUUAAUUUUUAUGAACCUUCUCUUAGAAUUACCGAAAUUACCGAAGCACUUAUUAACCAAGAAACCACUACUACACACCUCGGAACCUCACAUGCUUAUAAUAAUAUCGCCACUACUCUUUCUUUCGGUACCACUGAUGCAUUCAUUGGAACUACCGGAGCAUUUGUUGGCCAAGAACUAACGCAAAAUAAUCCAAAUACUAUAAUUAACACUACAAUUCCUUCUUACGGCCAAGGGCAAACUUUAGAUUAUCAAACACCAAUUAUCACAUCAAAUAACCCUUAUGAAACUACAACUACUGAAGAACUUCAAUUCUUCUACCCAACCUUUGAACCCCUACAUAUUUAUGACUAUAACCUUUUGAGGGCUGCUAAAGCGACUGCCGAAGCAUUUGCCGAAGCGACUGUCGAUAGAUUUAUUGUUUAUAAUCGUAACCUUCUUUUGGAGACUGCCGAAGAAUUUAUUGCCCAAGACCCUUGUGAAAACUACUAUUGA